AUGACAGAACUAGGAGCUUUCCGUGUUCACAGUGAUGGAAAAACUCUGUUUUACAACAAAUUCGCAUGGAAUAAAGUCGCAAACGUCCUGUUUUUGGAAUCCCCAACCGGAGUAGGUUUUUCAUACUCAAACACAACAUCAGAUUACUCAGUAGUAGGCGAUACAAAAACCGCGCACGACAAUUACAUCUUCUUAUUGAAUUGGCUUGAAAGAUUUCCCGAGUAUAAAUCCAGAGAUUUCUACAUCUCUGGCGAGAGUUACGCCGGACAUUACGUUCCUCAACUUGCAUACACCAUUUUUCAACAAAACAAAUCUGCAAAGAAGAAUCGCUUUAUAAACUUCAAAGGAUUAAUGAUUGGAAAUGCUGCGAUUAAUGAAGCGACAGAUAGCGCUGGGAUGUACGAUUAUUUCGCAUCUCAUGCACUAAUUUCUGAUGAACUUGGAAAGCAAAUUAGGAAAACCUGCAAUUUCUCAGCAGAUGAAGUCAGUAUUGAAUGCAAAAAGCAUGUAGAUGCAUCCGAUGCCAAUACUUUUUCUGUUGACGGUCUUAAUAUCUACAACAUUUACGCUCCAAUCUGCAAAAAUUCUCAAAUCACUCUAUUUCCUAAGAAAACCUCUAUAAGGAAUAUUGAUCCUUGCAUUGACCAAUAUACGUAUACUUAUCUGAAUAGUCCACAUGUCCAAAAAGCCCUCCAUGCUAAUGUCACUAACCUAACUUAUGAUUGGGAACCAUGCAGCGAUGUGCUGCACUAUAAUAACCCUAAGGAUUAUGUAUCAACUGUAAUUCCUGAGUUAAGAGAGCUAAUGGCCGGCGGAAUUCGCAUAUGGAUCUUCAGUGGGGACGUAGAUGGAAGGGUACCCGUUACUUCAAGUGAAUACUCUAUUGCUUCAAUGAAACGACCCAUCAAGAAUGAAUGGCGUCCUUGGGUAUUCAACCAAGAGGUUGGUGGGUAUGUUCAAGUUUAUAAAGGAGAUUUGACAUUUGCAACGGUUAGAGGAGCAGGACAUGAGGUGCCAAGUUAUGAGCCUGCAAGAGCUCUUACUCUAAUUGCUUCAUUCCUCAAGGGAAAACCUCUUCCAGCUUUCCAAGAUCAAAAUUAAAUAAUAAUAAUUAAAUAAAUAUUAUUAUUAUUA